AUUUGAUCGGAUUUUGCAGUGUAAAUGAUCAUCGCAACUGCAUGGACACCCUGAGUGGCCGCAGCAUGAUCAGAUGUAGAGUGACUGUAUGAGCGCUACUUCUAUCCACUGAAGAUUGAAUUAUAUAGGGCACACUGUCAUGUAAUCCUUGAUUGGAACUUUUUCGAAAUCCUUGAUCUGUGUUGUUUUUUGUUACUGUUACAAACUUCAAGACAUAAUACUUACAAGAUGUGCGUUCGUGCUUUUGCGUACUACUCUUCGUUUCUGUCUCAGACGCAGUCUAAGACUCGUGAGGACUUCAUUGAAUUGUUUGCGCGGGCGCUGAUACUCGAUGUCAUCUUGUUUCUGGUUCAGAUACCCUCUGUGGUAAUCGGAGUCGAGUUUCUAGACCCAUCGUGGGUAUUAGUGCGUGUUAUCCUACUUGCUUUUCUGCUCGCCGACGCGAUCGCAAUAGCGGCUUUGCGAUGCAAGGUACUUGCGUACUACAAUAGCCCGAAUCCGGCGGCUGGGCUGGUGUGCGUGGUGCGGUUCGUUGUAGGAUGGAGCGCAACAACGGUGAUGCUCUACGCUUAAGGAAGCGAGAUGAACUGAUCAUUUGCGUCUUUCUUGCUCCUGGUUAUCCUUAUCAUUGCAUAUCUCUGAACCUAAAUAACGAGAGCAUCUUUGCAAAAGAAAUCAUAUCCGACAUUUGCAUUUCAUCUACUUACUUAGUUGAUGUUCUUCGUGAAGCCUCUUUUUUCUAACCUCUGGCAACGAAGAUAGGUGAGGUGGUUUCGCUGCACCUUGGCAUGUUCGAUUUUCUGCUUAUUUCUGCAGUUGUGGCGCUCAAAAUUCUUCGUGUAAUGGCGAUAGCAUCUUUUGAGUCUUGGCUUAAUGUAGCGGAGCGGCCACUUGUGGUGCGUGGUGUCAGAGCGCAAGUGUAGUAGUUGGGGACCUGCGACGAUGACCAGUACGAAAUAUGUGUCUAUGAGAAAGGUAGUUCUUGAAUCGGUUUCUGGGAAAAUGUUCUAGAACUUCGUGUGUGUUGAUGUUUCACACAGAAUUCAGCUGGCAACACUAUUGAAGGAAGCUGCUGAGCUUUCACAAUAACUUGAUGUUUGCAGAUUUGGAACAACACCACCUCAUAUCUAACGAUAAGGAUAACAUUGUCAUUGACAUAUAAAGAAAGGAAGUGUAAACUAUUUUACUGCUACGUCCGCUUAUCCCAGUGAUUGAUAAAGCGCUCGAAGCUCCGUGGGGAAAUGCUGUGACGGAGAGAAAGACAUCUUUCUUCGCAUAAGACGGUGACUGGAUCAUUGACCUCAUAAUAAUGUGGGUGAUGUAGCUCUAUGUCUACGACAUUCGUUUCACAGUAU